AUUUUAUUUUAAUUGUUUUAUUAGUUUUCUUUACAGCAUUUUGUGAUUGCUUUGUCUGUGAAAGGCGUUUAAUAGAGAAGACAAUUGAUACGCGGAAGCUCUACAUCCGUCAUUUUACAAUUGUUCACCUGUCAGGAUGGCUGACUCUCUGUGGAAGCUGUGCCACCUCCCGACAAAGACUGCUUCACGGUCUGUUAAGGAGCGGGGAAAGUGGGAGAGCAAAAAGGAGUUUAUCCUGUCUGUGACUGGUGCCACUAUUGGACUUGGCAAUGUGUGGAGAUUUCCAUACCUUUGCUACAAGAAUGGAGGAGGAGCAUUCUUCAUUCCCUACUUCCUGUUCCUCGUUACCUGUGGAAUUCCCAUGUUCAUACUGGAAACAUCACUGGGUCAGUACACCAGUCAGGGGGGAAUCAUGUGCUGGAGGAAGAUCUGCCCCUUGUUUGAAGGAUUGGGAUAUGCCAGCCAGAUGAUAAUUUUUUAUGCUAGUAUCAGCUACAUUGUAGUCUUGGCCUGGGCUUUUCUCUACUUCUUCGCUUCGUUUUCCGGAGAGUUGCCCUGGACAAGUUGUAACAACGCGUGGAAUACUGAUCACUGUGUGGUAAUAAACAACUAUAAUGGCUCUGCUAACUGGACGUCUUCAGUGAACGCAUCUUUGUCAUCAUCGGUUCUGGAGUUCUGGCAACGGCGAGUUUUAAAUUUGUCCACUGGCAUCGAGAGCUUGGGAAAUAUACGAUGGGAACUUUCUUUGUGCCUUCUUCUGUCCUGGAUUAUCUGCUACUUUUGUGUUUGGAAGGGAGUCAAAUCCACAGGAAAGGCGACGUACUUCACAGCUACAUUUCCCCUCUUCUUGUUAGUGUUGCUGUUUUUCAGAGGAAUAACUCUUCCUGGAGCCUUGCAUGGUAUAAAGUACUAUCUGUACCCCAAUCCUGGACGGCUCGCUGACCCACAGGUCUGGAUAGAUGCUGGAACACAAAUAUUUUAUUCAUUUGCUCUAUGCUUGGGAUUUUUGACGACUCUUGGAAGCUACAACAAAUAUAACAAUGACUGUUACAGAGACUCCUUCUAUCUUUGCUUGGUCAAUAGUGGAUCCAGUUUUUUGUCUGGAUUUGCUGUUUUCUCAAUUUUGGGCUACAUGUCCGAAAAGCAGGGUGUUGACAUUUCCACUGUGGCCGAAUCAGGUCCUGGACUCGUCUUCAUUGUCUACCCACAAGCUGUAACUCUUCUGCCUUGGCCUCAGUUCUGGUCCAUGUGCUUUUUUUCCAUGAUUAUUUUGUUAGGAAUCGACAGUCAGUUUGCUGGGCUGGAAAGCAUCGUAACCUCGUUAUCAGAUGUCUGUCCUUCCAAGAUCAGGAAGGGAUACCGCAGAGAGCUUUUACUGUUGCUGAUCUGCUCCUGUAGCUUCACUUUUGGCCUUUUCUUUGUGUCAGAGGCUGGUAUUUACAUCCUGCAGAUCUUUGAUCACUAUGUGUGCAGCGGUCCGACACUUCUUAUGAUGGCAAUCUUCCAGUCAGUGAUUAUUGGAUGGAUUUAUGGAGCUGGGCGCUUCUCUGACAACAUCGAAGACAUGAUUGGGUACAAACCUCUGCCACUGAUCAAGUUCUGCUGGUUGUACGCCAUCCCUCUUUUGUGCUUUGGGUCCUUGGUAUUUUUGCUGCUCAGAUACACCCCAAUGAGAUUCAACAACUCAUAUGUGUACCCUUGGUGGGCUUACUGUAUUGGCUGGUUUUUGUCCUUGUCUUCGUUAUCAAUGAUCCCACUCAACAUGGUGUGGAAACUAGCCAAAGGCAAAGGAACCAUCUGGGAGCGCCUCAAGACAAGCUGCCAGCCAACAGAUGACGUCCCAGUGAUGUCAAGGGAAAUGGGAAUGAAUGAUGUUUCACUCACAGCAUGUCUUUGAAAAAAAAAUGAUAUUCAAUGACAAGGUUUCUUAUAUCCAUAUCAAAGAUAGAGUAGAUCUAUAAAAUGUACACUCCUCUGUUAUAAUGCAUACACUUUUGCAACAUAAAAAAUUUGACUGUGAAAAUUUAUUCUGAAGAUUUACCACCUUUGCUGUAACAUAUAUCCUGAACUAGAAAGCAGACCAAUCUUUCCAGUUUGCUGGGAAGGGGGGGGGGAUGCAAAAACCUGGUUGUACAAGUGUGCACACCCUUAAACUAACAUUGUUUUUAGUAUUCAGUCUCCUUGAGUUUACACCUGCUGUUAAAAACAGUGAAUCUGAUUAAUUUUGGAAUAAAGUUCAGCUGUCCUGUAUAGACGUUAUAACAAAUCAGAAGGCUCUCACUGUGUGAAUUUAUCAGCAAGGAGCAAAACACGCCCGCACGCACGCACGCACACACACACACACACACACACACACACACACACACACACACACACACACACACACACACACAUACGCACAAAAAAAAAACAUAUCAGAAUAACAAUCUGCUUUAUUUGCCAGCUAUGUGUGCACAUAUGAGGAAAUCUGACUCUGGAUUGUACUAACUUAUAAAAUAAUACAAUAACCAAAUAUUGCAGUAAUAACAUUAUAAGCAUGAAGACGAAUUGAGACAAUUAUGCAAUGGUGUAAUGGAUGCAGGAGUAAAUAUUAUUUCCAUUGCUGUCAUUAUUAUGUACAUGUCGGAUGGGGAAGUGAUGUACAAGUGCACAUACACAUACACACAUACAUGUCCACAGUGUGCUAGAAUAAAUGGGAAUUAUAUACACUGUUAUUACAUGAGGUAGGUGGAGUUGGUUGACAGUAUAAACAGUAUGGCAUGACAAGUAAAAAUUAAUGGCACUUUUUUGUCAGUCAGCUGUUUGUUAGUCUGAUGACUUGUGGGAAGAAACAGUUUCUAAGCCAACCCAGACAGUGACAGAUGAGCAGAGGGCAGACUGGAUGAUGGCUGUGUAGAAGUAUACGCCAUAGCACAAAAAUUAAGACCACAAUGUCAAACAUUUUUAUGUUUUUCUAAAAACUUGUGAAAGACAGAUAGGAACUGUAACAUCGAAGGGCCUAAAGUAAUUACUGGUUGGUGUUAGUUAAGUUCUACAUGUGACAACAGUCUCGUGUAUUCUCAAAAUGUCUGGAUUGAGAAAACGGUCAAAAGACAUAAGUCUUCCAAAGAAAACAUCCAACUCUGUUAAAAAUAUCUCAAAACCUUGUAAAAGAGUAUGUCAUAAAACCAGACCUAAGCCCCAAAUCCAAAAUGUAUGUUUGGCACAAAAUAUUAAACGCUCAGCAUGACCAAGAUACUGUCAUACCCACAGUGAAAACAGUGGUGGGCGAAUCUGGGAUUGCUUUUCUUCAGAUGGAACUGGGGUUUCUUGCCAAGAUGCAUGAAAUCAUAAACCAUCAGUUUUGGUAAAAAAGCUGAAUGUGAAAAGCGAUUUCAAGCCAAGGAAUGGGAUGCUGACAGAAGAAAAGAAGGCUCAGUGUUGAAAUUGAAACAAAAUGUGCAUGUAAAAGGAGGUAUUCGUUUAAAAGUGUGCACACUGAUGCAACUAGGUUAUGGCACCUUUUUAAAUUUAACCACCCUCCCCCCACCCCCUUCCAACCAUUUUCCAUUUUUUUUAUUUUGUGGAGGGGGGGGGGGUUGUUUUUCAGAUGAACAGCACAGGAUAUACGUCACAAAAGUUAUUGCUUGCAUUUUGACAGGGCUGUCUGCAUUCACAGGAUGCACUGCAUGAGAGUGCAUUCUAAUUUAUACUUGGGGCUAGUUCCCUAGUAUUUCUUUUUAAGUGAAUUGGCUGAUUAGGUUUAAAAGUUACAUUUCAGUUAUGUUAAAAAAUAGCUUUCAGUUAUCUCAAAGGUUGAAAAUAAGUUUCUGUUUGAUAAUAUUUAAGCUUACCUACCCUCCAAAUAGAGACAUCCAUGGUAUUUCUGCGGGUCAAUGCUCGUUGGGCUACAGAUACAAAGCAAGGCAUUGGGCUGUUUUAGUUCACCUCAUAUUUUAGAUGACUGCAAAUUAACAUCACAUUAAUGCGAAAUAAACACAAAUACCAAACUAAUAUAUCAUGAACGCGUGGUUAAAGAUUUGACUACUCUAGUAAAAACAUAGUAAACAAAUAAUGGGUUUUCAUGCCUACCAUAAUUUGUUAGUAAUAUUUCAACAUUUCCCUCUAAACCUAAAAAAACAAUAAUGUUAAAAGCAAAUAGGUGGCCGAGAUGGUGGAAGGAGGUGAGAGCAAAAUGUUAAGCAGGGGCUGUCCAUAAGUAAGGAAAUAUGUAGCGAUACAGCGAUCCAAGCCAGUUGCCACAAAGCCCCCUUUGUUUGGCAAAGCUUUCUUCUCCAAAAUCCCUCUUCAGCAAACAUCAGAGGAAGUGGCUUCCUGCCCAAAGCUGCUGGCCAGAAGAGUGGAGAUCGUAUCUCAAGGCAACAUAAGGUCAGUUACUGAGGGGAAAGAAUGCAACUCUGUUUCUACGGCUGUCAAAAGCACGGGCUCCCAGUUGUUUUGCUCAAAGGCUGAUUAAACCCUGCAGAAAACCUUUAGCAAAAUUGUUUUGCAUUUCAAUUCAAAGGCAAAUAUUUGGCCCAGGUGAGGCUGAUCAUCCACCUAAAUAUUGAACAUGGGGGAUUCUUUUUGUCUUAUUGUGUCUUAUUGCAGCUGUUGUCAGCAUUUUUAUCUUAAAAUAAUAAAAAUAACCAAUAACCAGCAAAUCCUGGUUUAUAUAUAUAUAUAUGGCCCUGCCACUGUAUGAUGCUGGUGCAUCUCUCUGUCGUUAUGAUGCUGUUUGUUAACAGAUCUUUUCAAAAGAAUCUCUGAAGCCUUAAAAGAAAAACUGUAUUUGUGCUGAGAUUACAUUACACGCAGGUGGACUCUGUUUCUGAUUGGUUUACUUCGGAGAGCAAGAAAUUGCUUUCACUGGCUUUUAUAUAGGGCUAUCUGAGUAGAGGGGUCUAAAUUCAAAUGCACAUCACUGUUUGUUUUGUUUUUUUCAUCUAUAAAAACAGUUGAAUGCAAUUGAACCUUUCUGAACUUUUAAAUGCCACAUUGUCUUAUUUUUACACAUAUAACAUCAUAGUCACAUAAUUACUUGUUGUAGAGUGAUUUACUUAUAAAAUUGCUAAAAUACUGUUGUUUUUUUAUUGUACCAAUUUUAUCACAAUAAGAAUUUUUGUCAGGAUAACAAAGCCAAAUAAACACAAAAAAGAGAAGCUGGACACUGUUUUAUCUUAUAACAUCUAAUACUACUGCGUAGGUGUUUUACUUUUAUUUAACUAUUUUUCAGAGACCAUGUUUCUAUAGAGCAUUGUUAUGUAACCUCUGAUAGUAAAUGCUUUAUUUUUUUUUUCAGCAGCCUGUUCCAGCAACACCUCACUCAACCCCAAGUUUUCUUUUUUUAAUCUGUGUCCAGAACCUUUAUUUCUCAGCUGUGGGACAAUGAAGGCUCUUUCUAUUCUAAUAAAAUGCCGGUUUUGAUAAUAAAA